UCCUCCCCCUAUUUUAUCGCUCCCGAGUCCCGUCUCUCUCCUCCGCUCCUCCCCCCCUCCCCAUCGCCAGCAGGCAGCAGCCACCACCACCACCCGGAGGGGCGAGAGGCGGCGAGGCCGUCAGGGGAGAGAGAGAGGUCCAGCUGGUCUUCUCGUCUCCCGUCCCGCAAGGCCGCAACAACGAGCGGUAAGUAGUUCCCCGGCGAUGGAGAAUCUGAGAUCUGAAAACUACCACCAAGGUGCUGCCAUGGAGGGCGUCAAGUUCGCGCCAGAGAUGGCCAACACCAACCGGAGGGCCCUGAGCGACAUCAAGAACAUCAUUGGAGGCCCUCACCAGCACUUGGCUGUUAGUAAGAGGGGUCUCUCAGAGAAACCAGUUGCUGCUGUAAAUGCCAAGGAUCAAGCUGGUUUUGUUGGACACCGUCCGGUCACGAGGAAAUUUGCUGCAACACUGGCAAACCAACCUACAACUGCCCAUCUGGCCCCAAUUGGAAGUGAAAGGCAGAAACGAAACGCAGAUACAGCAUUUCACACAUGUGCAGAUAUGGAAAGCACCAAGAUGGCUGAUGAUGACAUCCCCCAGCCUAUGCUGUCUGAGAUGAAUGAAGCGAUGAGCUGCGAACUGAAAGAGAUUGAGAUGGAAGAUAUUGAGGAGGCAGCACCUGAUAUUGACAGUUGCGAUGCAGGAAAUUCCCUGGCUGUGGUUGAAUAUGUUGACGAAAUUUACAGAUUCUACAGAAGGACCGAGGGCUCAAGUUGUGUCCCUACAAAUUACAUGUCAAGUCAAACUGAUAUAAAUGAGAAGAUGCGUGGCAUACUAAUUGACUGGCUAAUAGAGGUACACUACAAAUUGGAGCUGUUGGAAGAGACCCUUUUCCUCACUGUGAACAUCAUAGAUAGAUUUUUGGCACUUGAAAAUGUGGUGCGGAAGAAGCUUCAGCUAGUUGGUGUAACUGCUAUGUUGCUUGCGUGCAAGUAUGAAGAGGUGAGCGUACCAGUGGUGGAAGAUCUCAUCUUAAUCUGCGACCGUGCCUACACAAGGGCUGAUAUUCUUGAAAUGGUAAAAAUGCUCUAUAUCUUCAUUUUCAGUGCAAAAGAUAAAAAAAUCAGAGAAAUGACAUUGACAUUUCUGCAGGAGAGAAGGAUAGUGAACACACUUAAGUUCAAUAUGUCGGUGCCGACUCCAUACUGUUUCAUGAGAAGGUUCCUAAAGGCAGCACAAGCAGAGAAGAAGCUCGAGCUCCUAUCAUUCUUCAUGAUCGAGCUUAGCCUUGUUGAGUACGAGAUGCUCAAGUUCUGCCCAUCGAUGCUAGCAGCUUCUGCCAUCUACACAGCUCAAUGCACAAUAAAUGGGUUCAAAUCCUGGAACAAAUGCUGUGAGCUGCACACAAAAUAUUCAGAAGAACAACUAAUGGAUUGCUCUAGGAUGAUGGUUGAACUGCACCAAAGAGCAGGUCAUGGAAAACUUACUGGGGUCCAUAGAAAGUACAGCACAUUUAGGUAUGGCUGUGCUGCAAAAUCAGAACCUGCCACAUUCUUGCUGGAUGCAAGAGCCUAAUCUUAGAACUAAUUGGCUGGUUAUACACACUCUAACUACUUCAUGGAGAGAGUGAGGAAGGGGUGUAUAUAGAGGCUGCUUCGACUAAAUUACAGAGUGGGAUCCACAUAAAUGCAACAACUGUUGCAGCAACAAUUUGGUGGACUGGGUUGGUGUGUUGUGUUAGUUCAAUAUCUUAACAUCGCUGAAAAUUUGGUUUGCGCUGUUUAUUUUUUUUCCAAUUAUAUCCAUUGGAAUUCAAUUCGUACAAUUGUAUCUUGGGUAUUAUUCUUUGUUCAUGUGAUACCUCUGCAAUCUGAAAAUAAACAUUGAUUGAAUUUCCUGUUCA